UUAACUUUGCUAAAAUAAUUUUUAACUUGUUAAAAUAUAAGUAGUAAAUACUGCAAUUUUUAUGAAACGAACGAAGUAUUAUCUUCAUUCACUUUUUUCUUACAUUCACCCGACAUUUUAACUCGAGAUCGAGUCCCGUGCACAACGCCACAAUCUUUGUUGCACCCAAUCGACCCAAGAAAAUCCAAAUACAAACACCAAAUAAAAAACAACCCUUUUGUGUGAACAACUCGAAAAAACCUGAGCAACGGCUACACACUGACAUACAACAAAACUGCCUUUGUAAUUUGUAUUCUCCCCAACUUGUGUACUGUUCACUGCUCAUAAUUUCUCUACCGUCCGAUCUUUCUGUCAUCAAAAUCAAACUUACAUCAUUUCCUCAUUUUUUCUUUCUUCCCCUCCCUCUUAUAAUCCCGUGCUUUUUCCAAUCUAAUUACUUACUUUAACUCUUUCUCUCUCUAAAGCUUUCUCUCUCUUCUUCAAGCUCAACAAUGGCUGCUGCUGCUAAUAUCAUUGCUCUCUUGUUCUUGUUUCUUUCUACUGUUUUUUCUCAAGAUGCUUUUAUCGGAGUUAAUAUAGGAACAGACCUCUCAGACAUGCCUCACCCCACUCAAGUGGUUGCUCUAUUGAAAGCCCAGCAUAUUCGACAUGUUCGCAUCUAUGAUGCUGACAGGGGAAUGCUCCUUUCCCUUGCCAAUACUGGUAUACAAGUUGCAAUCUCUAUUCCUAAUGAUCAAAUCCUUGGUAUUGGUCAAUCAAACUCCACUGCAGCCAGGUGGGUCUCACAAAAUGUGGUCGCCCAUUAUCCAGCAACCAACAUUACUGCAAUUUGUGUUGGCUCUGAGGUUUUAAGCACAAUCCCAAAUGCUGCCCCUAUCCUUGUGAAUGCCCUCAAAUUUAUCCAGUCAGCACUUGUUGCCUCGAAUCUUGAUGGAAAAAUCAAAGUCUCUACACCUCUUUCUACUUCGGUUAUCCUAGAUUCUUUCCCACCUUCCCAGGCCUUCUUUAACCAUUCUUUAAACCCUGUCCUGGUACCAUUGCUUAAAUUCUUGCAAUCAACUAAUUCAUAUCUCAUGCUCAACAUAUAUCCUUACUAUGAUUACAUGAAUUCUAAUGGGGUUAUUCCAUUAGAUUAUGCUCUUUUUCAACCUCUUUCUGCAAACAAAGAGGCUGUUGAUUCAAAUACACUCCUCCAUUACACAAACGUUUUUGACGCCAUGUUGGAUGCUGCUUACUUUGCCAUGGCUGAUCUAAAUUUCACUAACAUCCCCAUCAUGGUCACUGAGUCAGGCUGGCCAUCCAAGGGAGAUGCCAAAGAGCCCGAUGCCACUCUCGAGAAUGCCAACACUUACAACAGCAAUCUUAUAAAGCACAUUCUCAACAAUACAGGAACACCUAAACAUCCAGGAAUCGCUGUUAGUACUUACAUCUAUGAACUAUAUAACGAGGAUACAAAGGAUGGGGCCACCUCAGAGAAAAAUUGGGGAUUAUUCGAUGCAAAUGGGAAGCCAGUCUAUAUCUUGCGUCUCACUGAGUCUGGGUCUGUUUUGUCUAAUGAUACAACAAACCAAACUUACUGUACUGCAAGAGAUGGAGCUGACAAGAGGAUGGUACAGGCGGCGUUGGAUUGGGCCUGUGGACCUGGAAAGGUGGAUUGCUCCCCAUUAUUGCAGGGCGAGCCUUGCUAUGAGCCUGAUAAUGUAUUUUCUCAUGCUACUUAUGCUUUCAACACUUAUUAUCAGAACACAGGCAAAGCUCCGGAAUCUUGUGACUUCAAUGGUGUGGCUGAAAUCACCACCACCGAUCCAAGUCAUGGCAAUUGCACAUCAAGUACAGGUGGUCUCAAUGGCACCUUUCCCAAUGCGACUGCACCAUCUAUGAACUCAAUGAGCUCAGAUUCUACAAGUAGCAUGUUUUCUCAAAGUUCUUCAUUACUAUUAAUGGUUGGAAUUCUAACUUGGAGCAUAAUUUUCUUACCAACUGCAAGAUUCAUGUAAGAUCAAUGCUUUGGACGCGAACCUAUUUUUGCUGGGGUGGAAACUUGAAGGGACCUCCUCGUUUCCCUGAUAGAUUUUCGCCCUACAGUACUGUCCAAACUGUCAAAUAGGGAUAGAGUUGUAGGUAUCAAUUGAUGCUUAGCUAUUUUUGUUCUAUUAUUUAGGUGAUGAUUUCUGCACACCAAUAUUUAUGUUUUGCACUCCGAUUUUUACACAAAACACUCCUCUCCAAUUGGAACUCGGGGUGUGUGGAUAGCAAACCAAAUGGUGCGGAUAUCAGUUCCGAAGUUAUUUGUUUGAUGAUUGUAGUUGGGCCAUAUUUUGUCUUUCCCUUCACCUCCCUAAAUAUUUGGGUGCAGGUUGGCCUGACAAUAUCCUGCUUAUCAGAGGACAUAAAUCUUAGCUUAGGAUUUAUUUUGACGGCAUGGUACACCUAGAGAAAAUUCAUUCAAAUGUGAAGAUUGUUAUGAACACAAUUGUAACAAAAUUAUUCAAUGCACAAUUGACUUUAAUCGACUUCUUCUGUUUAA